AUGGCCUCCGCGACUCAAGUCAAAUCUCUGAGGGAGAUGCUGGGCGGUGCGCCCGCCACGGCCUCCCCCAGCGACAGCACACUGAUCAUCAUCGAUGCGCAGAAUGAAUAUGCCCAGGGCAACCUGAAGACCGUCAACGUCGAUCAGACGCGCAAAGCCAUAGCCUCGCUGCUGGAGAAAUACCGUGCGGCUGGGGAUGGGAAGAACAUCGUCCACGUCUGCCACAAGGCACCAGAGGGCGCCCCGAUAUUCACGCCUAACACGCCUCUUGCUGAGGAAUUUGACGAGUUGAAAGCCCGUCCUGGGGAGAAGGUAAUCCACAAGGAAGCCAUUUCCAGUUUUACCGGCACCGAUUUGCAUGAGUACUUGACGACUUUGGGGGAGAGGGGGAAGAAGACGGUCCUGACGGGUUACAUGGCACAUGUUUGUGUGAGCACCACGGCCCGAGCAGGCAAUGAUUUGGGCUACAACGUCGUCCUGGCCAGUGAUGCCAUUGGAGAUCGAGAUAUACCCGGGUUUGGUGGAGCCGAGGUCACCGAGGCAGUAUUGAAGGAGCUGAACGAUGCCUUUGGGACGGUUGUCCAAAGCACAGAGAUCAAAUAG